AACAUAUGUUAUAUCCGUCGACAUUUAAUCCGGCCAAUUGAAGCCUACAUCAAACUUCGCUGUCAUUUCUCAAUGUGCCCAUAUUCGAAACGAACCCGCUUCUGACCGCCGGCCAUCGUUCUCGUCGAACCUGUCGCCUGCGACGAAGGGCUCGACGAGUAAAUUAACCCUCAGACACAGCCCACUGAGUUUCUCCCCGGAUCUCCUCAGUGGGUCGCGUUUCCGAUCCGGUGGUAGAUUCUGUGAAGCACGGCUCUUGCUAGGGUUCGUGCUAGCAUCGUCGUCAGGUUUGAGCCCCGUGAGCUCACCUACUAGUUAAGAUUACGCUGAAAUAGCCUCUCAAGGCUCUCAGCUUGGUAGGAUAAAAAAAAAGAACUUCUGACCGUCCGUGAGUUAAGGUAGUGCACAUCUUUAGACGAUUCGCCUCACUGAAACACGUUCGUUUCACUCAUACACGCUUCUUAAUCAAAUCUACAACAAAUGCGAGACUUUUCUCUAUGCAAUUAUCUUAUCUUUAAAUGAGGCUUAGAGACUUGUGCUAUAAAUUCUGUGACAUUCGUCAGAGAUCGCCGAUUUAUUCUGCAAAAAAUCUGCCUCGCUUAAAAUUUCAUGUCUAUCUUAUCGGUCAUACAUUGCGUCAAUGGUUCGGCAUCGAAAAUAUCAGUUCUCUUUAGUAGUGGUAGGGCGUCAUGUGAACUUACAAGGGCAGGUCCACCAACCUGCUUAUUUGUGGCAAUAAGCAGUAAUGAGUUUCGGUUUAAAGGGUGAGACAACCGUUGUACUGUAAAAACUGAGACGUAGAGCUCAUACCUUAAGAUGGGUGGCGGUCGUUACUUUGUUGAUGUCUAUGGGCUCCGGUAACACUUGAGUUGUGUGCUCAUCUACCCAUCUAAGCAAAAAUUUUCACACUUUCCACUAAGCACUUCACCCAGUAACUAAAAUCAAACGAAUUAACUUUAAUUGUGCCCUGAUUUGAUGAAAUUGAUCUCUUCGUAAUUACGUAAUAUGUUACAAAUUUAACAUGGAUUAUGCUAGCCCUUUCUAAAAAAAUUCCGAGAAAAUUCUGAAGCGCGAUGCUUUGCAAUGUACAGAACUCUGAUGUAAGACGAGGUGCGGCCUGAGAUGAGUCCGGGUGUCGCAACCCGGUCUUCACCAAGGUCGCUUCUCCCCAUCUCUUAAGUAGUGUCAUUCAUUGUCCGUGCGAAGAUCGUUCGAACGUGUCAGUACACCUGUUGUGCAGACAUGGAGAGGACUUUUGUGAUCUUGACGUGCUUUUGCGCCUUUGUUUACACACAAACACAGUACCAGCCUUUUGGACAGACAAAUCGCUUCCAAAAUCAGUACCAGGAACAAGCACCCGUCAGGCCUACUGGACAAUGCAGGGAACUGAACGAAAGGUAUCCAGUGUCCGGAAGCUGCGACAGAUAUAUUGAAUGCAUCAAUGGAACCGCUGAAGAGAAACUAUGCCCCGAUGGUCUCCGUUACAAUCCCAACGUGAAUUUCGAUGUAUAUCCGUGCCAGUACCCUAACGAAGUGCCGUGUCUCGAACGAUCCUCGCUACAGCCACCGCAACCGACAGAAUUGUGUCCCCAUCAAUUCGGAUACUUCAAAUUAGGCGACGCCCGCAAUUGCAGCGGAUUCAGAAACUGCGUGAACGGUGUAGGCUACGAUUUUGUAUGUCCCGACGGACUGGCUUUCAAUUCUGAGACCUACCGCUGCGAAUGGCCUGAUGAAGUCGCCGACUGCGAUGCUGAAGCUUUCCUCGGAUUCCGUUGCCCCGAAGUACCAAUAAGUAGAGAACUUGGUCCCCCAGCCGGAUAUAGAUACUACAGGUCUGACAACAAUUGCCAGAAGUAUUUCCUGUGCAUCGAUGGGCAUCCUCGCGUCCUCUAUUGCGGUGGUGAGUCCGCAUUCGACGAUCUAACCUCAACAUGUGUCUCCGCCGAUGAAGUAGGAGCAUGUCCUGCUGAGCUAAGGGCCGCAGCAGUCCGUGCCAAGGACGACGCAAAGCAACUGCUCGCCAAAGAAGUCGAAUUCAAUGCGUAUCAGCUAACACGAAAACCGUCAUUAAGCUAUAGAAAUUAAGUCUUGCACUUGGCACAUUAAAAUGGUUGGAAAUAAGACUAUUUCUAAAACACAUUUUGUCUAGUCUAAUUAUUAAGUUACCUAUUUUUACAAUGUUUUUUUUAAUAAAUAACUUCCUGUUUCAAUAUAAUCAAAUCUAGAAGCAUUAUUCUAAAUGAUAAUGGAAUUGUUUAUCCAAGUUCAUUAAACAAUUUGUUAUUAAUUAUGUCAUACAAAGCAAUGUAAUAAAUAACAUUAAUAAAAUACGUUUUGUAGUUAAA